AUGUCCACUGUGCUUGAUCAUGAAAUCCCAGAUUUUGUUAUCUAUCUUGGAGAUGUCAUCACAGCCAACAAUAUAGCAAUUAAAAAUGCAAGCUUGUAUUGGGAUCAGGCAAUUUCUCCAACAAGAGCCAGAGGAAUUCCUUGGGCCAGUGUUUUUGGAAACCAUGAUGAUGCGGCAUUUGAGUGGCCGAUGGAGUGGUUUUCAGGUCCCGGAAUUCCUGAAAUUCGUUGCUCUGUAGCCAAUUCCUCAUGCUCAGGAGAAGAAGACUGUAGCUUCAAAGGCACACAUCGUCUGGAGUUGAUGAAAAAUGAGAUUGCACUUAGCCCUCUUUCAUAUUCUCGAUAUGGUCCUAAAGAACUUUGGCCUAGUGUAUCUAACUAUGUCCUCCAAGUUUCUUCGUCAAACAAUCCCGGAUCACCUGUGGCAUUUUUAUAUUUCCUAGAUUCUGGUGGUGGUUCCUACCCAGAAGUUUUAUCAAGUGCCCAAGCAGAAUGGUUCCGUCAGAAAGCUCUAGAGAUCAACCCUGAUUCAAGGGUGCCUGAGCUAAUCUUUUGGCAUAUACCAAGUCGUGCUUACAAGAAAGCGGCUCCAAGAUUUGGUAUACACAAGCCUUGUGUCGGUUCAAUUAAUAAGGAGAGAGUAGCAACUCAAGACGCUGAAAAUGGCAUCAUGAAAUUUUUGGCUGAAAGGGUUUCUGUCAAGGCAAUAUUUGUAGGACACAACCAUGGAUUGGACUGGUGCUGCCCUUAUAAGAAACUGUGGCUAUGCUUUGCUCGGCAUACUGGUUAUGGUGGCUAUGGAAACUGGGCUAGAGGAGCUAGAAUCAUAGAAAUCACCCAGCAGCCUUUCUCUAUUAAAUCUUGGAUUAGAAUGGAGGAUGGUAGUGUACAUAGUGAACUUGUCUUGAGUCCCUAAUAAACUGUUUCCUUCUGAUUUUCUGUGCUACCAGCAGAAAGGAAACUAUUUGAAACUAAUAUAAAAUUAAAGAAAAAAUAAAUGUGUAUAUACAUGGAAACUACAACACGCAUCUCUCUGUACAGUAUUUCAAUAUUUCAAUGUAUUCUUCUUUUCAUGCUUCAA